UGUAGCUCAAUUCCACAUGACAUAUUAAGGUUAGAUUUAAAUCAAAAUAAGUCUGGUUGUCGGCAAGUAAAUUUUGUAGGAUAAAUUAGAAUAAUGGAUGAAUUCGAUUUGCCGGACGAUCUGAAAGAUGUCGAAGUCAUCUAUUUGCAAGAAGGCGAAGAAAUCGAGGGAAUGGAAGACGACGAUGAUUUUGAUGUACCUGAUGAGAUAGAAGAAGAGGAGGAAGAAGAAGCAGAUGUUAUAGAUUUAUCGAAAGUCUCCUUUUCCAUGCACAGAAACUCUGUAUUCUCCGGAGAGUUGAGCUCUGAUGGUAAAUUGGCUAUAACUGGUGGUGAAGAUGAUAUGGCCUACGUUUGGGAUACAUCAACAGCAGAACUUUUGUUUGAAUGUACUGGACAUAAAGAUUCAGUUACACAUGUCGGCUUUAAUUACAAUGAUGAAUUAGUCGUUACUGGAGAUAUGGGAGGUUUAAUACAGGUGUGGAGUGUCAAAGAGAAAAAGUUGAUUUGGUGCUACGAGGGUGAUGAUUUGGAAUGGUUGGUGUGGCAUCAAUUGACGAAUAUUGUUAUCGGAGGAACUCAAUCUGGGGAUGUUUACGUAUUUAAAGUACCCUCCGGCGAUUGCAAAGUGUUGCCCUCGCACGGAUAUCCAUCGAAUUGUGGGAAAAUAUUACCGGACGGCAAGAAACUCGCCGUCGGCUAUGGAGAUGGUUCCGUGAAAUUGUGGGACAUCAAAACUUGCACGACCAUUUGGAACUGCUCCGAACAAGAUAUGUCCGACGUUACCGCACUUGAGAUUAACGAUGAUGGAUCGUUCUUGAUCGCGUGCCCUUCUGCAAAGGUUAUUAAGAUAGUUGAUGGUAAAUGUUUGUGCACCAUAGUGGACAAGGUAGAAGACGAAAUAGAAACUGCUGUUUUCAAUACGCAAUUGGGCGUUGUGGCCACCGGAAGUUUAAAAGGGCAGCUAUGUGUAUGGGACUUGGGAAGGCAAGUUAUGAGGCAUCAAGCGAGAGUCGAAUGUUCAGUUACGGUGAUGAAAUUUAGAAACGAUGGGAAAUUGUUGAUCGGAGCCACAGAUGGUGCAAUAUACAUUUGCGAUGCUCGGAGCGGUCUGUUGUCUGAGACUCUGACCGGUCACAAACAGGGUAUCCUGAGCGUAUGCUUGUGUAAGGACGGGAAAACCAUUCUCAGUACUUCCGAUGACGGCACCGCCAAGAUUUUUAAUAUGAAGACUGAUUAAGGACAAAAAGUUUCUUCACGAUAUUUAAAAAAUAUAUAUAUAUAUAUUAUUGAAGUUCAACUUUU